AUGUCUAAUACUAACCCUAUCAGAAAAAAAAGAAAAGUCACCAAAACAAAAGCCUAUUCAACCUCGUCCAUUGCUUCUAGUAACAUAUCAAACCCAAGAGCAAAUGCUAGUUUUGCUCGUUUUUUUUAUCAGGAUGACGAAAUUGAUAGCACAGUUACAUAUUGUAAACUUUGCAGUCUGGAAUUAGAUGAACUGGACGGAAUUCAAGCACAACCGUAUCCCUAUAGCAAAUCAGGAAGUAGCACAGGAAACUUAAUAAAACAUUUACGUGAAAAACAUAAAAUAAAUUCAAAGAAUUAUAAAAGAUACCUCGAUGAUAACGAACAACCAAUAAUAAACAGAUCAGUUGAAUCAACGGAUCUUGACUUACCUUCUUUGUCACCUGAGCAACAACCAAUGCUUAUGCUUGUGACUUCACUACGAAAUAAGACAGAUGCCAUAUCCAGACGAGAAGGUGAAAAACUUCUGAAACUAUGCUUAACUGCGGAAGAACAAGAGUUUGUAAAACAAAUGGUUAAUAUUCUAAAACCAUUUGAAGAGAUUACAAGACACAUUUGUGGAUCGAAGUAUCCUAUUUUGAAUCUUGUACAUCCUUAUAUUAGAACUCUAAAAAAUAAAUUUGCUCCAAAAACUGAAAAUGGCGAAUUAUUUGAAGCUUGGAUCAAUCUCAUUUAUGGCUCAGAAGAUCUAGAUACUAACAAUGAUUCAAGUUUUAGCAGUGAUAAUGAAGCUGACAUACCAUCAGCAGGAAAUCGGCGACAAUGGCAAUAUGCACAUCGAAGUGCAUAUCGUCGUAAAAAUCAUGUUAAUCAUAGAAAAAAAAAGAAGACCCUUACAGAGUUGGAUGAUUCUAAUACUGUAGAAUAUUUGUCACCUGUAAAUUGUUCUGGGCUUUUAGAAAAAGCCCAAGCCGCUAUUUUUUUGUCCCUUGAUGAAUUGUGGAGCGCAUCUAAUGAAAUGGGAUUGAAAGCUUCUAUUUUAGAUCCACGAGCACUAAAGUUGCUUCCAUUUGCCACAAUUCAAGAGCGAGAAAAAACUGAAGCUCAAAUUCGUACAGAAUUAUUAUUACUUGAGGCCCAACUAAAUAACUCAAGUAAUAAUGAAGAAAUAGAAAAAAGUUCUGUAAUACUAAAUGAAGAUCCUCAGGAUUCUUUGAGUGCUGAACUAUGGGGAUCAUGCUUAAUACCUGACAAUAUUUUUACUGAAGAUGAGUUUACACGAUACAUGAAGGAACAAAUAGCACAUAAAAAUCAAAAUCCUUUGAUUUGGUGGGAGGAUAGACGUACAAGCUAUCCUUUUCUUGGCCAACUGGCCCGUAAAUAUUUGUCUAUCCCCGCUACAUCGGUUCCAUCAGAACGCUUGUUUUCAGAUGCAAACAUCCAUAUUUCAGCUAGAAGAACUCGCCUUGACCCCCAUUUAGUAGAUAAGAUGUUAUUUUUAAAGAGAAAUGCUGACCAUCACUCUAUGUUUCCAUCUGACAAUAAUUAA